UACAACAGAACUAUUUUUGGUUAGAGGUGGAGGCUGGAGGCAGAGGCAGAGGGUUAGUGAAGAAAUGGUACGGAUUGUGUUGUGGGAAUGUGCUAUAUUUUACUUAUUAAUGCCAUCAAAUUUUGUAAUUUUAAUGUGCUUACUAUGUGGGAAUCGCAGUGAAAAUGUUUCGUAUGUAUGUGGCAAGUGGUCAAAGGUGGUGACUUAUAUCAACCUGGUUUCCGCUACUGAGGUGAUUUCAAGUGCAUGAAGUUGUGGUGGAGGCCACAGAAAUCAAAUUUUCUCGCGAUGGAAAAUCCUUCUCCUGCUGCACAUGUGUUAAUGAAGAAAGGGAAAAGAGGUGCAGCAGCGUAUGUCCACUCAGAUUGUGCCAUUAAAGGAUCCAAUCGCCUACUGAACGAAGUCCUUGAUAUUCUUCUAAAUCCAAGAAAAUCUAUCAAUGAAUGGGAGACCAUUGACUGGUUAAAAUGGCUCAUGGCUGGAGGAAAAACCCCUGACGAAUUCUCUAAUCUAGUAAGGCGCUACGAUCAUGCCACAAAAUGUGGCCUAGUCUGGACAGCAAAUUUUGUGGCGUACAGAUGUCGAACUUGCGGGAUAUCACCCUGCAUGUCACUUUGUGCAGAUUGUUUCCAGAAAGGUGAUCAUGAUGGCCAUGACUUCAAUAUGUUCAGAAGCCAAGCUGGUGGUGCAUGUGAUUGUGGUGAUGCAUCUGUCAUGCAAGUCUCUGGGUUUUGUGAAAGGCAUGGCUUGCAAGCACAAGUAAACAGGCAGUCUGUCGAUAGUUUAAGUGCCCCUCCGGAUUUAAUGUGUGUUGCUGAAGCAGUUAUGCCUAGAAUAAUUCUACGUCUUAUACAACAUUUAAGGGAAAAAAGCAAAUUGAACACCUUCGAUGCUCAUUUGAUUCAAGACCACGAUGACUUUUUAACUAUGUUGCACGACCUAAGCAGAAUGGGAGCCCCAAUGCGACGUGUUCUAAUAGGUGCUCUUACAAAUCCUCAGAUUUACAAGAACCUAACAGAGUUACUGCCUUCAGACGAGAGUGAAUAUGCAUCUUAUCUUGUAGACAGUCAAAAUACGUAUGAAGAAGCACUGAAAACCCUACCAAAUCCCCCUCCUCCGCCCGAAUACAAAUAUAUUCCUGGUUUGCAAGAAAAUCUGAGUCACUCUACAUUUUUAGAGGAAUUAGUUUUUUGGACAGUCAAGUUUGAGUUCCCUCAAAAAAUUGUCUGCUUGCUCUUGAACAUGCUCCCUGAUCAGGAAUAUAAGGAAUCGCUCACUCAUGCUUUCGUUCUUCACUAUAGUCGAAUUUCAAUGAUGCUUGAACGCUCCUCCGAUCCAGAUACUUUAUCUAAUCGAGUAGUCCAUGUCAGUGUACAGUUAUUCUCCAACAAAACAAUAGCAUCAACCAUGGUUGAGAAUUUAUAUUUGUUGCAUGUCAUGGUUAUAAGUCUCAAGUAUAUGAUGCAAAAAAUUCUCAUUCCCAACGUAUUACACAAUGCAGAGAAAAACAUGCAUUUUGUGGUAGAUUGUAGUCAACAAGUGAUGAAAGACCAUUGUUAUUGGCCCCUUGUAUCAGAUUUAAACAACGUAUUAUCUCAUCAACCAGUUGCCCAGCAGUUUAUGAGUGACGAUUCUCUUUUAGAGAUGUGGUUUGUCUUCUUAUCCAUGUUUCAAGGGAUGAAUGUGAAUCAGCAAGAAAUGUCACAGCAUGUUGAGUUUGAACCAAAUACUUACUAUGCUGCUUUCUCUGCUGAGCUGGAAGCAAGCGCCUAUCCGAUGUGGGCACUUGUCUCUCAUUUGCACGACAGCUCCACUGUCAGUUACACCAAGCGUGUCCUUGACAAUUGUUUGACUGCUUUACAAGACUGGUUUGAUGCCAUCGGAAUGUCACAUCCAAACUUGAAUGAUGCUCGCCAAGUGUCUUUUCAUCUCCCUCUUCACAGACACCUGUCAGUCUUCAUGUGUCAAGCAGUAAAUGUCCAAGGGGUGCCGCUGUCUGAAGUCUUGCCACCUUUAGAUAUGCUACAUCUAAUCAUGAUGCACCCUCUGAGGGUUCAGGUUGCCUUUUAUGAAAUCAUCAAUGGACUGUGGGUGAGAAACGGUCUGCAAAUCAAAGGACAAGCUAUGACGUACAUACAGUGCAACUUUUGCAACUCAAUGGUGGAUGCUGAUCUUUACCUUCUUCAAAUAUGUGCAAUGCAACUUCCAACUGAUGUUUUUAUGCAAACAGUGAUUGAUAAGUUUCAUAUUCAGGAAUGUUUUAGCUUCACGUCCACUUCGAGUAGUGAUUCAACUGAAAUUGAUAGUCUUAUGUUUGAGAGUUUUUUAAUUUUCAUAGCUUCUCUAAUUAGUAUAAGAACAAACCUUGGAACUUGUCAGAUGCAGCUCUCACAGCUUGAAAUGGUCACACUUUUGUGCAAAGGCGAUACUACUCAUUCUCAGUUAAUGGAGUUGAUGCCAGAAAGAUGUGGCACUGAUCAGAGCCGGGAUUUUGAAGCAAUUUUAGCUGAGGUUGCAGACUAUAGAGCUCCAAAUUUUGAAGCCAGUGGCAACAUGCAACAAGGGAUGUACAUCCCAAAAGGCAGAGUUUGGGAAGAACUGUAUGAUCCAAUUCAUAUUCUUCUCAGAGCUGUCCAUCGGCCAGAAUAUCAAACAUCAUUAGAUAGGUUUACUGAGUAUGUCACACAGAAGAAUCAGCAGCAAGGGAAGCCGACCCUUGACAAUAAACUCUGGCCUCCUUUUAGACCGCCUGGGCCUGUUUUAGAGGCCUACAAAGAUCCUCGCAGGAUUUUAACCACAAAAAUAUUUCAUGCUGUAAUAUGGAUUGGUCUGUACAAAGCAGUCCACCAGUCCACAAUUUCAGAAAAUGUGAUGGCAUUAAUUGUUUACCUGCUAGAAAUGGCACUAAGUGUUGUGGAUCCCACUCAACAGUAUGGACAGGUUUGUUCUACUGCUCCCUGUGAUAGACGUGAUGUCAAAGAUUUAGAUUUAGCAGAUUGGUUUAUUUCAGAUUGGCUGUCUGACAACCUUAGAACUAUCAUUGGAUCUGUUACGUUAAUGGUUGAACCUCUUUACUUGGAAAGCUCCGACACUGAUGAUGAUUGGGAGAGAAUUAUGUAUGAUAAUCUUUUGCGGACACCAGCUCUCCCUGCUCUUGAAAAUGGAUCCAAUAUUUCAGCCCUACCUAUAGAGUCAUCAUCUCAAGAAGCAGGUCCCACUGGUCAGGAAGUCGCUUUGGCGCCAUCUGCAUUGCUAUCCUCAAAAUUUCUCGUCAGAGCAGGAACAGGAAGCUCUGGAGGAAGCUCUAGCAGUGGCUCUAGUAGCAGUAACAUGCCAUCGGGAAAUCAGGCUGCAAUCGAGAUGGCACCUCAGCAUCAGCAAAUGAUGAUACCAGUUAUUGGUAAUGAGGUGGUUCCGCUACCUUCCACAAGCACCAAUACUGAAAUGAUUCCUCGGUUGCCAACUUCACACCAAAAAACUGGAACACGUAGAGCAAAGGGUGCUCCAUACUUGGAUGGCACCAAAACACCAUCCGGAAGCAUAGUAGUAGAAGCAAAUGAAAGCAUCAUAUCGUUGCUUCUGAAACUUCAUUCACAUCUCUCUGGUGCUCCUGAUUCAUUUCUUCCGGAUGUAGUGGAGUCCUCCACUUCAGGAAAGCCGACGCCUGGAACAUCAGGAGCGUCAAGCAGCAGCAGUAGUUGCCAGUCUCAUCUCAAGCAAGAAUCAAAUGAUUCUCGAAUUGGAGAUGGUCCCUUUUUCAUUGCCAAAGUUCUGAAGAAGAUUAUGGAAUUAGAUGAGUUGUGCAGAGAAAAUGUGAUAGCCACACGUGAUAAACUAUGGCCAAGGCAACCUGGUGAAAGUGAGAAAAAACGGAAAGUGAGAGAAGAACUGGAAAAAAUAGAAAGGCGGAGGAGAGCUCGUGAAAGGCAACAAAAGUUAAUGGAAGAAUUUGCGUCCAAACAAAAACAAUUCCUACAAAAAGCCAUGGAAACAGAUGAAGAAGGCAUGGAUUGGGACAGUGAAGAGCCCACAAAAUCUUUGUGUAGUAAAGUAGAAUAUGACUGUGUUAUAUGUAAUCAGACUACGCCCACAACUGAGGAUAAACCCAUGGGUUUAGCAGUUUUAGUUCAGGCAACCAGUGUGCUAGGACAUAAAAGAAGACAUCCUGAACCAACAAUGUUACCUACAUGUGAUGAAGAAAGGCUAAAUCUUAGGCGAGAUGAUAGUCUGGCAAGCGAUUUUGACAGGAAAGUGGAAGAACUUGCACGGCAGUUUGACAAUCUUUCAUGGCUGGUCUCUGUCAACCUUGGAUGGGAAGGAGGAGUUCAUGUUCAAACAUGUGGUCAUCAUCUUCAUCUCGACUGCUUGAAGUCCUAUUUAUGCACAUUAGUCAGAACUCAGCAUCGCAUGGCAUCAGACAGGGGUGAAUAUCAAUGUCCUUUAUGCCGGCAAAUGGCAAAUUCUGUGUUGCCUCUCCCGCCUCAGUUAGGCGAAGGUGCUGCAAUGGUGCGUUCUAGACCAUUGUCCAUAGGAGCAAUGGCUUUAGAGUUAACUGGCUUCUUAAAACUAAAUCCAAAACAGGUUGAUAAGGAGUCGAAGCUAGCUGCUGCCAUGAGCAAAGCAAUGGAAGAUAUGAAUAGCGCAACGUUUCCAAAAUUCAGACAAAAAAGUAGCUCACCUGUCCCUCAAACGCCUCCUCAAACUCUGUUUCUCUUUGUCAGCUCAAUAGCGCGCACUAAUUUAGAAAUUGAAGUUGUUCAGCGAGGUGGAAAUUUAGUCGUGCAACAAAAUAGCAAUCCUUUAGAUGCAAUGAAUCUUAGUGCAAUGAUACCCAAGAGGUCUUGCAUAACACCUUUACUGUACGUAUUAGCAAUGCACGCAGGUUUGCUGGCACAUUGGCCUGUCUGGAGAACUUGGCAGCAACUGGCUGGUAUUCAAAAUGAUUCAGUUACUGCUAUCGCUCCCAUGGAGAGAGAAGUUCCAUUAAUGUUACGUGAUCCUACUGCCUUACUAACUCAGUUAAUCUUAUUGCUUCCGUUACACUUGGAUCAAGCUUAUUUUUCAGUCGUAGUGAAACUUUUAUACAAUUUGUUAUAUUUUCAAAUAACUGCUCAAAUCAGCUGUGGAAUGAGUGAAACAGAAAGGCACUACUGGAGAUGCUCUUCAAAGGCUCUUUCGUGGCCUCUAAAUACACUAGAGCAAUGUAUAUCUGUAACAAUUAACAAGUUAGACCCCACUCAACUCUAUUUAGAAGAUGAUGCUGAAAUGAUCAGUCACAAUAUUGAUUUCAAUUUUGUGCCGGACAAAGUUGCUCUUGAAAAUAAGAUACAAGAAUUGUGUUUACCAUUUUUGAGAGUAGCAACUCUGCUACGGCAUCACCUUUAUGAAGAACCCCUUCCGGAAAUAUUGUCAACCUCUGAGGAGUUUCUCAAAUUAGUUUAUUAUCUCGAACUAGUCCCUGGUGGAAUGGAUCUAUCCCAGUUCAAUGCUGCCGUAGCUUUGAGCUCUCCAACUAACAACCUAGAUUUCAUUUACGAUUGGAUCAACCAACUCUCUGUUUUCAUCAAUCGAAGUCAAGUAGCUGCCAGGAGUUUUCUGUCUGAGCUACAUAUUACUUGGCAUCAACCCUGUUUGCUCAGUCUACCCUCAGUUUACGAUAAAAUUUUCCAGUACUAUCAUAGGAAACAGUGCUUUCAAUGCCACAGUGUGCCUCGUGAAACUAGUAUAUGUCUCUUGUGCGGUACCCUUGUUUGUCUCAAAGAAUCAUGCUGCAAGCAAUCAAAUAUCUGUGAAGCAAUUCAACAUUCAAUAGAUUGUGGUGCUGGUACAGCAAUGUUCUUAGUAGUACCCUCAUCAUACAUCAUUGUUGUCCGUGGUAAACGAGCAUGUCUUUGGGGCUCUGUUUACUUGGAUAGUUUCGGUGAAGAGGAUAGGGAGCUAAAACGUGGGAAACCAUUGUACUUAAGUCCUGAAAGGUAUCGUUUGCUCCAGCAGCAGUGGUUAGCCCAUCGAUUUGAUCACACAAAUAAAAAAUGGGUGUGGCAUCGUGAUGCUCUGUAGCCGAGAAAUUUGCUGUGUUAAUAAAGAAGCUAGGAAGUUAUUGGAAUUCCGUUAAUUAUUAUGAGUGUAAAUUUUAUAAAUAUAUUCACUUGUAUAUUCUGUACUUACUGUAUUAGAUUUUCUUAUUUUUAUUUUUUGUUAUCAUUUUUGUCUUUAGAUUUAUCAAUUACUCGGGUAACUUAAAAUGUUCGUAUUUAAAUCUUCAAAGAAAAAUAUAAAAUUAUACUUUGCAGUA